GGGGAAACCGAGGAGUUAAUUUCCCGCCCGCCCGGCAAAAGCUCUUAUAUAAACCCUAACCGGCGAAACCCCUCGACCUCCACUCUGUCUCUUCCACUUCCUCCUUUUAAGUCUAGCGAACAGCACAGGCGGCUACUGCGUCCGGCGAACAACAGCGUUGCAGGCUCUUCGAAGUUCGAAGCAAUGUCUCGGAGAUUUAAGCGGAAGGAGGAGGACGAGAGUCCGUCUGAGGACGGCCAUGGCGCUCCUCCUAAGAAAGCUCCGAGGACUGAUUCCUCCGGUGAUUCUGACGAGAUCGUUGUCUGCGAUAUAUCUCACAAUAGAAGAGUGAAAGUUAGGAAUUGGCAAGGAAAAGUCUGGGUUGACAUUCGCGAGUUCUAUGUGAAGGAUGGAAAACAACUUCCUGGCAAGAAAGGCAUAUCAUUGAGUGUGGAUCAGUGGAAGAUGCUCAGGGAUCAUGCAGAAGAGAUUGACAAGGCGCUUGCUGAAUCUUAGGUGCAUAUGGAAUUAUCUGGAGUAAAUAGUACUAGUCUGAGAGGGUAGUCGUGUUGUGCUCUUGAAAGUGUCCUGAACUAUGACUUAAGCUCUAUUGAAGCUGAAACUGGAGGCUUUUUGUAGGAAUGACUGGGAAAGAAUGUCGAUUCAUACUUUCCCGCCAAACCAAUCUUUCUGUGUAUUGCAAAACUUCCGUCAGUUUGGUGAAGCCAGGGCACUGGCUUUUGACUCUGCUGAAUUGUUGUGACUUGUGACAUGCCUCCCGGAUAUGUAAUAUUUUGUAGACUUGAAUUCGGUUCUUGUUUUGUAAUAUUGAAUCAUGCAGCUAGGCCAGUAAUGCUAAUCUUUGCUUCAUGCUUUCAUGUUCUAGAUCCUAUUCUCGUUCGUUUGAUGGUCGAGGGAGUUUGGAGCAGGUGUAGCAGACUUGCAGGCCAACUUGGUAAAAUUUCAAGGAUGGAAUCCAGGGGUCCUGUUUUCAGGGCAGACGUCGGAUUAACGAUGGAGCUGAGACAAGUUAGCUCCUUUUUCUGGUUGGUUCUUCAGUGUACUCAAGAAAGAUCAAGAAAGGACCGAAUACCUGUUGCCCGGUUUGACUUUUCAAGACCACGCCGCAUCAUCCUCCAUUUCACUCGCGACCGUCCGCAGGCGGCGGCGGAAUCCAAUUCAAGUGAAGUCGUCGCUGCCGCCGUAGUCCCCGUGGUGUACAAGUACGACGUGUUCCUGAGCUACAUGGUAGGGGACACGGGGGACAAUUUCACGAGCUAUCUUUACGAGGCGCUGCGGGGGCGGAGGAUCCUGACCUACAUCGACGACGAGAGCCUCCGGCGAGGGGAGGACAUCUCGGAGUCGCGGCUUAAGGCGAUUCAAGAAUCGAGGAUGGCGGUGGUGGUGUUCUCGGAGAAGUACGCGAAUUCGGAGUGGUGCCUGGACGAAUUGGUGGAGAUCCUCCGGUGCCGGAAGCGGCACAAUCAGGUGGUUUACCCGCUGUUCUUCCGGGUGAAUCCCGACGAUGUUGGGGAACAAAAAGGGAGCUACGCGGCAGCGAUGAAGAAGCAUCGCAAGUCAUCGUCGGCGUUGACCAGAGGGAAAGUGGAGACAUGGAGGGAAAAGUUGGAGGCGGCGACUAAUAUCUCCGGCUGGGAUUCACUCGUCAUUAAGGCAGAGGCUGAAUUAGUGAAGAUAGUUGCGGCAAAUGUACUAAGAACACUGAAUCAAAUGUCCCCAAUCCCUCAAUUCACCGGCUUAGUCGGAGUUGAAUGUCGAGUUGAGAAGAUCAAAUCCUUGCUAAGAUUAGAUUCAUCGUCAUUGGAUCUCACACGAAUCAUCGGAGUAUGGGAGAUGGGCGGCAUGGGCAAAACCACUCUCGCCCGAGCAAUUUUCGAUCAACUGGUAACCCAGUUCGACAGUUGCCACUUUCUAGCAGAGGUCAGACAAAAAUUGGAAGUGACAACCGAACUUCGACUCCAGCAACAACUCUUCUCGAGCAUACUAAACGAUCAUACCUUCACUACUUUGACCACGCUUUCAAGAAAUCACCUUCGGCAAAUGAAAGUCCUCGUCGUGCUCGAUGACGUCGAAGAUUCAACAAUGUUGUAUAACUUGUUGGACAAGCAACCACAUACUAUGUUUGGUCGGGGAAGCAAGAUUAUAGUUACGAGCAGAGAUCACCAAGUACUGAUGAAUGAAUGCGAUGAUAUCUACAAAGUCGAGGGGCUGAAUGAAGACGAAUCACUUCAACUAUUUUGUUCUAUUGCCUUUGCACAUACCGAUGAUCCGCCGGAAGAGUUCAUUUUGAUGUCGAGGAAGGUCGUAUCAUAUGCGGCUGGCAAUCCAAUGGCUCUAGUAGUUUUUGGUAAAGCUCUGAAAGACAGGAGCAAGGAAUAUUGGGAAAGCACACUGUUUAGACUUCAGAGAAUACCCAACGAGAGAAUUCAGAGGCUAUUGAAGAAAAGUUUUGAAGGUUUAGAUUCAGAUCAGAAGAAUGGGUUUCUUGACAUUGCUUGUUUGUUCAACGGAGAGAGCAAGGAGUAUGUGAAGUUGAAAUUGGAUGGGAGUUAUGGCUAUGGUUCGUCAGAGUACAUCAUGGCUUCACUUGUAGACAAGUCUCUGGUGAGAUUUUCCGGCGACAAUGGGGAGAGAGUUGAGAUGCAUGAUUUGGUGCAGGAAAUGGGGCGUGGGAUUGUCAAUGAGGAAUCUGAUGACGAUGAUGAUGGUGGUGUGCAAGUUGGAGGAAGAAGUAGGUGUUUUUUGUCGAAUAAUGUCUCUCCUCUUAUGAUCGAAGAUGCUAACUAAUAGAUAUUGUCAUAUCACGUGAACAAUGAUCCCGUCUAUCAGUUAUAGCUAUUUUUAAUUGAAUUGAGCUAAUUUGC